ACACCGGUGUGCACAAAGUCGACACUUAUUUUGUGGGAGCCAUGGGUUUGUUACAGCUAUGUGCAGAGCUCUUCCGUACAUCCGACCUUUACGAGGUGCUCUGUGUGGCGAAGGAGGCGUCGGACGCAGAGCUGCGGCGUGGUUAUUAUAAACUCUCCCUGCAGGUUCACCCAGACAGAGCACCGGAUGAUCAACAGGCCACCAUCAAGUUUCAGGUACUAGGAAAAGUCUAUGCUGUGUUGAGCGACAAGGACCAAAGAGCUGUGUAUGAUGAGCAGGGUGUAGUAGAUGAAGAGGAUUCGCUUAACCAAGACCGCAACUGGGAAGAACAUUGGAGAAGGCUAUUUCCAAAGAUAACGUUGCAGGACAUAAUUGACUUUGAGAAGCAGUAUAAGGACUCUGAGGAAGAGAAGCAGGACUUAAAGAGGCUCUACCUGCAGCAUGAGGGAGACAUGGACCGCAUCAUGGAGUCAGCACUGUGCAGCAGUCAUGAUGACGAGCCUCGUGUGCGGGACAUCCUGAAACAAGCCAUAGAUGCUAAAGAUGUGCCAGCCUACAAAGUCUUUACUCAUGAAAGUGCCAAGAAAAAGGCCAGACGCAGGAGGAAGGCAGAGAACGAGCAGCAAGAGGCAGAGGAGCUCCAAAGAGAGAUGGGGCUGAACACAGAGGAUAGCCUAGUGGCCAUGAUCCAGCAAAGACAGAAAUCCAAAGAAAAAGAUUUUAACUCGCUCAUCUCAGAUCUGGAGGCCAAGUACUGCAAGAAGUCUUCCAAGGGGAAAAGGUCAAAGAAAAACUGAAAUUUUAUAUUGUAAAUAUGAAACAAGAAAUAGCUUGUGUUGAGUGUUGGGUUUUUUUCACCAUCAACCAUCUUCUUUUGGAACUGAUCUCCCAGCAAAACCGUCAGGAACGCAGUAGGUGUAUGUAUUUCUUCUGUCGCACCAACUCCAUACUGCAUAUCUAUAUCAGACCAAUGUAAAUAUUAAAUUGAAUACACCACAGUCAUACAUGAAUGAGUGCAAGUGUGUGUGUAACACCAAAACAUUCAUUUGAAUUUUUCCCAUCAUGGAUGACAAACAAUUUAGACUAUAAGUUCAAAAUGAUCCUACCCUUCUGUCAGCAAUUCUUUAUUAACGUUUUGAGGCACUUGUAUGUAUAUUGAUUUGGACAAAGUCUAAAUGUAAUAAACAUUACUUUUUUCAUUGAA